GGGCCCUGGGCUCAGGCAGCUGGGAUGGAGCAGAAGUGCGCCUGGCGCCGCAGGGCACACAGCUGACUCUCCGCGCCACCUCCACUUCGUCUCGUGCGCCGCCAGACACCGAAGCUGCCUGGACUCAUCACGCCUGGCGUCCGGGCUCCUCCGGUAGCCCACCCGGUCGGAAGAGGAGCUGCCGGUGCCCCGAAGCACUUGGUUAGACCCAGAAAACUCUUCUCUAGUCGCAUCCAGCUCGGUACCGAGCACCGGAGUAACAUGGUCUGCAAGGUGCUCAUCGCCCUCUGCAUCUUCACCGCAGGACUGAGGGUACAAGGUUCACCAACAACCCCAUUGCCUGUCUCUCUCAUGACAAAAAGUUCAGCACCUGUGGCCACCUGGACUACCUCUGCUCCACACACUGCUAGGGUCACCACCCCUGUAGCCAGUGCCACUCACAACGCCUCAGUUCUCCACACCACUGCUGCAUCCCUGACGUCUCAGUUCCCCACUGACCAUAGAGAAGAAGCUGUCACCAGUCCACCUUUGAAGAGGGAUGUUAACAGCACAGACUCCUCACCUGCCGGGUUCCCUCCAACAAGCAGUGGCGUCCACCCGGCACCCACACCUGAGGAACACAGUUUUGGAAGUCCUGAAGCAACUGUGCCAGCUACUGGGUCACCGUCACCCAUGCUCCUGUCUUCUCAGGCUCCAACCUCAGCAUCCACAUCCCCCGCAACUUCCCCAUCGAAGUCUCUCUCUACCUCCGUAACCUCUAGCCACAACUCUACGGUGACCAACAUCCAGCACACAGAAGCUCCAACGGCACCUGCGUCACCAACAGAAGAGCACAACUCUAGUCACACACCCACUUCCUAUGUCACAACAGAGCCAGUGCCCAAGGAGAAAUCACCCCAAGACACUGAGCCUGGCAAAGUGAUCUGUGAGUCUGAGACCACCACCCCCUUCCUAAUCAUGCAAGAAGUGGAGAAUGCCUUAAGUUCAGGCAGCAUCGCCGCCAUCACUGUGACAGUCAUUGCCGUGGUGUUGCUGGUGUUUGGAGGUGCAGCAUACCUGAAGAUCAGGCACUCCUCCUAUGGAAGGCUGCUGGAUGACCAUGACUACGGGUCCUGGGGAAACUACAACAAUCCUCUCUACGAUGACUCUUAACAAAGGAAGGUGGCUGAGGACAAGGAGUAAUGGUCCUUUAUUUAUAAGUGCUUAUCCAGUAGAAUAAUAACAAGUACCUGAUGUACACUGAACGACAAUCGCGAGCCCUCUUUUGUUGGUAUGGUUGUUUUUGUUUUUUCCCCUCCCCUUCUCUGGCUGCUACUACAGAAUGUCUCUCUUCUGGUACAAAAGAACCAUUUCGGAAAGGCCAUUGGUGGAGGCCGGUUUACAGCUGAUAAGGGCCAUCUUUGCCCUGACCAAGCCAGAUACCACGAGGUGGCAGCUGCAGAGUCCCCAUCACAGAAGCCACUUUGGAAAGGACUGAAGAAAGGGGCUGGGAGUUGCUUGGUGAGGGAUUUAAUUUUAGGGGAAUCUUUUGGUUUGGAUUAUUUCUUAAUGUUCUCUACAGGAAAUGACAUUAAAUAUCAAUGAGGAGAAAGGAACGCAUCCCGGGAGACUGCCACCCUGUGUGGAAGGUGCAGGGGCUUGUUGAUUCCUUUUCAAUCCUUGUUUGCCUGGUUGUGUCUGACAGGAUGCCUACUUAGUCCUAUAAGCAGAUAGACCAUUCUGAGCUGCCUAUUUGAUGAGAGAUAAAAGAGGCUGUGCCCAGGAGGAGAGCAGCAGGCAAGGGCAAAGUGGCACAGCAGGCUAUCAAUCAGCAGGCUCUCAACCUGCUCUCCCCAUCUAGGCCACCUGAAGGCAGCAGGGAUUCCCAACCCCAUAGCUUUCAAGAAAGCUUCCUCACCACAAGCGAAGCUGGGAGGUGAGCUUGCAGAGCAGACAGGGAGAGACAUGUGGAGUCUAAGGGAUGGGGGGGGGGAGAAGGAAAGACAGAAGCUUACAUGCACCACCCACCCUCCUGACGCAAGCAGGAGCCAGCUCUCCAUGGUCGUGGGAGACAUCUCAAGCUUGGAGGGACCCAUAGAACUCUCACUCCACACGCAUAAAGCAGCAACUGCUUCAUGGCCUUGUUGUCUGUAUUGGGUGAUGGCUGACUGGAUGCUAUUCCAAGAAAACAAAACAAAAAACAAAAAAAGUUAAGAGGCAAGACGCUAUCUGCAGCUGUUCAUCCAAAGCACUGGCUACUGUAGGAUGGAGACAUCAAGAACUACCUGUGUGUUCUCCCUCAUUCUUCCUUUCAAUAAGUAAAUAUUGAUCUCCAGGUGUGCAGUCUCAAAUCCAGGACAACAAAUUUUGAGAAGCGAUCAUUCUUCUUUGCCAAUAUCUGCUUCUUUCACUUCUGACUCACCAGAAAGUGAUUGCGUAUCUCUCACCCCUCCCACCCCCUACCCCCACCUGGGAUGUCUAGUAUCAAUUUUUUAUUGUUACUUUGUUAGUUGGAAGCGCUAAACACCCUACCUGGCUCAGGACAACCUUCCUACCCAAAGAAUUUCGUAGCUGGAAAUAUCAAAGGUUGAGAUUGAGACCAUUCACUGCAAUGCCCUUGUGACAUGUGUGUAUGUGGGGCGGGGGGAAACAACCCACUCCAGCAUCAGGAAGACACUUUCAUUUCUAACAAAGUGAAACAUCAAUUUCUUUCCCCCCAAGUGUUUAGUUUGCUGCCUGAUAGGUUGACUUCUGGUGUACGCUGUUGUUAGCUCAUAUAUGUCUAUGUUUCUAGAGAGCUUUAUUACAGAGCUGUGCCACUGUUAUUUUGUAACAGCUGAUAAUGGCUCCUAGCAUCUUAAGUCCUGAUUUCAUGGAGGAGAAAGUAUGUAUCUCAAACUAUGUUGAAUUCUCCUAUGUGAACAUCAAACUAUCCAUUUUAAUUCCUCAGAUAGAUCUUGCUUCCCACCCACCCCCACCCCUGACUCUGUUAAAGAAAAACACUCUCAUAUUGAUAUCUUGAACCCCUCUGGUGUAGAGUCCACAAACAGGGGUACUUCCCACAACCUACCACCCCAGGCUUUGAAGUAAGCCUUUCCUAAAUCUUAGAAGUGCCAAAAGGAAAGAUCAGUCCUUAAAGGGAACCCUGUAAGCAGAGUGGGCAACAAGGAAUGGGUUUGCAGAAAUUAAGAUAUCCCUGAAUAUGAAACACCCAACAAACUACAGACAGACGGGCAGACAGACAGACAGGCAGGCACACACACACACACACACACACACACACACACACCUUGCAAGGGUGUGCCCUCUGGCCACACUUGGCCUGAACAACUGUCCUUCCUUCUUACCCUGACCCCUUCACAGGUUUCUGGUUAGGCAAAGAACGAACCAGUACACAACAGGAUUCUGCAUGUCAUUGUCCUCUGCCCGCCAAAAGCAUUUUUGACACAUGACACAAAGCUCUCUAUAAAAUACAUUGGGGGAAGUAUCCUUCAGAUCUGCCUUCUCAGGUAAGAUAAAUCCUAGGCCAGAGGAACCGGCUUCUUCCCUUACCUGUUAGAAACCAGAGAUACAGCAAGAAUAGUUUUACACCAAAGGAUGCCACCGUGUAUGAGCAUGUGGUUGCCAGUGCUCGGAUUAGCUUCUAAUUGCUUUCAUCAAAACACAGAGCAGUCAUACACAACAAGGUGACUGGCAGUGGUCCCUCAAAGCUCAAGAAUGACCCUGGCGUGUUUGUUACUAUAAAGUGUGUGAGUGUGAGAAUGGACUUUGCCAAAUACAUUUUCCUGCUUUUGAAUUGGCCAAAAGGUUUCAGCAUAUUUAUUCUACAAACAUUGCUUCUCUCUCUCUCUCUCUCUCUCUCUCUCUCUCUCUCUCUCUCUCUCUCUCUC